UAGGGUUAAAAUAUAUGGUUGUCAGUAGCAACCGUUGCAUCCUUCCCUUAGCAGAGCAAAUGUCACUUGACAAUGAAUAGCAUAAGGGAGGCGCCCUACAGACCCAGUUUGGCAUUACAGAUAUUAAUGUUUUGCAAUGUAUACUUAUCGAUAUCAUGGAAUAUAGUUUAUGGCGUUUAUAUUCUAUACAAGCUCCCUGAUCUCUAUGAUAUACAUGGAAUAUGUGUGAUUAUUGCCUAUUUGAUUGGUUCGCUGGCUGAGUUAUAUCGUUUGCGUAUGGGCUAUAAAGGGAAUUUACAAUCCAGGCCCGGCGACUUGUGUACAUUUUUAAUACUCUCCCCCUUGGUGGAAUUGCCCAUAAUAAUUUUCCUCUUACUUUCGGCCAAAGAGUUUACCACUUUGCUUUUGGUAAUUGCUGUUGCCACAUUGAGUAUAAUGUCUUUGGAAUUUCUGAUUGGUGUUGUCCUCCUUUGGCCCAAAGCAGAAAAAACGGUUUUGGUAAAGAAAUAAAUGUUUGCAAAAGAUUUUCUAAAAA